AUGCGAGUUUCAAAAAGUUAUCAAAACACCACAAUUUUCCUGCUUGUGUAUGUUAUACACUGCAUGCGGGUGUGCACAAGCACAAACUCCACGAAAAAAGAGGACCUGGCCUCGGAUGCAACUAUUUAUGAAUUCAUACGCUGGCUCAACAGGAGCAACGUGCACUCUCGGAAAGUGUACCCGACAAUGUCAAGCGGAUACUGCAUUAUCAACCCUAACUGGGGGCAGAUUAAAGAAAGCCUUUCCUGCCCAAAUACCAUAAGCUUCUAUUUUAUAAACAGGUUUGACACGGGAACUGUCCUGGGCCUUGAAUUCAGAAAAGACCACCCAGCCUUUGUGGACAAAGCCGGCAGCGCAAAAUACUUGUCCGAUAGCGAAAAGGUUCUGCUCCUGCUAAACCGUAUCUCGAGCUUUUCAGACGUUCUGUAUCUUGUCUUUCAAAAAUGGGUGUGCAAGGAGCAUCUCACAUACGCCAUCAACACAGGCCUGGAGAAGGUUUCAGAAACAGUGCACUCCUGCAUCCUGCACCAGGGCGUGCCAAAAGAAAACAUAUGGCAGGACGUGUGCGUAAUAAAAAGCGUGCCUAGCAGCCCAGACGAGCUGCGGCUGGAGUGGAUUGACCGGAAGGAAAACAAGCUAGUUUCCCACAUGCUGAGCAUAGAGAGCCCGCUUUUGCACAUGCUCCUGCACGUUUUUGCAGGCGGGUUUCUUCCUGAGUCUUCUGUCUGCGAGCCAAACCUGCAUUCCUCUGUGUAUACGCAAGGCCCUCCAAUGCUUUUACAUCGCGGGAUGCACAGGUUUAUAACUUCCAUAUGCAAGAAUACUUCCUCCUGUCUGAACAAUAGCAAGCUUUUCAAAAGAAUUUUGAAAAACAGAACCGGGGAGCCACACGAGCGCGCGUUUUAUCCCAUGGUGUGGCUGUCUGAGGUGAAGACCAAGAUGAAGACCCCGAAUACCGCUGCUUGUCUUCUGAAGGCCGAGUUCAUCCGGCAGGACGUAAUUACAGUUCUUGUUAUAGAAAGCUCUCUAAGCCAAAUGUACAUGUUCGAGUACAGCGCCAGCGGGUGUCCUUGGGACCCAGACGGCAAGUUCAUGCCUGCGACAAUUCCCUUCGAGUAUGACAAAAUAGAAACUGAGCUGCAAAAGGACUUUUGCUUUGCAGUGGGGCCGCCCGACGAGGACAACACCAUCAUCAUAAAGGGCCGCAAGCCACUCAAGGCGCGCGGCACAGCCUCUCCCGAGGUAAAUGAUCCGCUAAUUGUAAUGUGGAACGACCCCUCCCUGCACGACAUCAUAUGCGUUCAACUAGACACCCAGUACAAAGAGGACUCUGUGCUAACUAGAUACGACGUGUUCUCGAGCGACUUUAUGGAGAUUCUGACCUCUUUGUUUGAUGCACAUAAAGUCAAAAACCUUUUAGAACUGCAAAAUAGAGCGCGCGACCAAAUGAUAAACACGCUCGCAAUGGACAGGCUGACACGCGCUGACUUGGUCGAGUAUCAAACGAUACAGACGUGGGGAGGCGCUCCAGCGCGGUCCAUACUCGAUGCUAUGGAGGAAAGGUACAUCAAGACACAAAUUAAAAAUGCGCCUGCAGGACUGUCCGAGCAAGACAUGGUGUUGUACAAGAGCAUGGUAUCUUCUUUAGGCAUCGCCAAAACAAUUGCCAUAAAAAGGGCCAAGUUCAAAGAUACACUGCAGAACAAAGACGGAGAAGUGUGCGGGUUCAGGAACCUGCAACAAGCAUGGCCAGACCUAUACGCGCCCCAAAAUGCCUCUGGCGAAAACGACGCAGUUUCCAAAAAGGACAGCGCAGACUCUAAACAGCCCAGCACCAGGCAUAAGAGCAAGAAGAAAAACAAAAAGAAAAAAUAA